UCUCGGGAUACCUCCAGAGGCCAAACAAGAAAUGGAUCCUCCAACCUUUCCUUCUUCCUGUCGGACCAUCUCCGUAUCAAAGAGGGUUACUAUCCCCCCGCAACGGUCCAUGCCUCACGUUUCCCAGUUCAUCACCCCGGAUCGACGUUGACUGCUCUGGGUUCUGGGGCACGAGACGGGCCCGUGGAGGCCGAAAUCGAGGAGAGACUUCUAGUACGAUUUAUGGUCGAUUCUCCUCAGUCCUUACCCUCCCCCGCCCACCGUCGAGGAGGACCUUAAGAUGGCGAUGCUCAUGCUGCUCCAGACCGACCCCGAGCUCAGAUGGUCCACUGCGAAAGUGCAGCAGGAGAUUCCCCCAGACAGCGAGGAGGGAACCGCCACUGGCUACCUCUCGCCCACCGCCAGCAAGGGGCGCGGGGAGAACCGCAAGUAUCUCAUCGAGUAUCCCAAACUCCAGCGCGUCGCCGCUCACCGCCUACGCGGCCAUCGUGGACGACAAGAGCCAGCACCUCCACGACAAGCGCGUGGACGAGCUCCGUUUUCGCGAGGACGACCACAACGCCAUUCUCUUGCUCAUGGACAGCCCCGAUGAGGGCAAUUCGGGCAAGCGUGUAGUUGAGAAGGUCCCCAAGCCGCACUCGGUCAUCAAGA